GGAUGAAUACACGCGUAGGGGAGGCGUUUAUGUACAACCGUCAAGGCGGGUCUCCGCUGUAGUGAAAUUUCAGUUCUCCAGUUGAGAAGCGGCUUGUGGGAGGAAGACACACAAAUACAGCAAAAUGGCUGAUCAACUUACAGAAGAGCAGAUUGCUGAGUUCAAAGAGGCUUUCUCGCUAUUCGACAAAGAUGGAGAUGGUACUAUAACCACCAAAGAGCUUGGUACAGUGAUGCGCUCCCUUGGCCAGAACCCAACAGAGGCAGAGCUACAGGACAUGAUCAAUGAAGUAGAUGCAGAUGGUAACGGAACAAUAGACUUUCCAGAGUUCUUGACCAUGAUGGCGAGGAAGAUGAAAGACACAGACAGUGAGGAAGAGAUCAGGGAAGCUUUCCGUGUCUUUGACAAGGAUGGAAACGGAUACAUCAGUGCUGCUGAGCUGCGUCACGUAAUGACAAACCUGGGGGAGAAGUUAACGGACGAGGAAGUAGACGAAAUGAUCAGAGAAGCAGAUAUUGAUGGUGAUGGCCAGGUCAAUUAUGAAGAAUUUGUACAGAUGAUGACAGCGAAGUGAAGGCCUUGUACAGAAUUUCUUGUAUAAAAUAUUUGCCUUUUCUUUGUAAUUUCUGUAAAAUCUUUCAUUUUAAUUCUACUCAUCUUCUCCUGCUGUCCAAAGGAACUGCAUGUCUGAAUUUUUUUUUCUCCCAUCUUCCCCUCCAUGUGCAUUGUUAAUGUUUCUUUUUGAUCUAAGAAGCAGUCCAGUCACAGGACCAGGUGAAGGGUAUAGGCACACAUGUUGGCUGGCUGGCACUUUCUUCUCUUUGGGCUUUUUUGCUGUCUGCCUGCCUGCCACCUGAUGAGUGGAGGUUUUGAGGGUCCAGCUGACUGAUGAUGAUUUUGGUUUUGUUUUUUUCUUCUUUCUUUUUCUUUUAUUUCCCCCAUUUUUUGUUUGUUUUGAUUUCUGUGGAGGAGCUACUCUGCAUGGGCAACGGACUAAGUAUAUGUGUGUGGAAAAAAAAAAAUAUAUCCUCAACAUUGCACUAAUUGCAACAUCAGUGAAUGAAAUAACGGGUUUAUCGGCAGGUACUCGUACACUAUAUAGUCUUUUUUUGUAUUUGUUCUGUUCUCCAGGUUAUUACUAUGCUUUAUAAUUAGUCACUUCUUCUUCUUUUUCUUUUUUUAACUGCUUAUGGCACUACCAUGCCUCAAAGAAUCCAUUCCAAGUUGUAUAUUUGUUUUCCAAUAAAAUUAACAAUUUAUCCCAAA